CCUUGACUCUCAUUUUCCAUUCGAAACAUCACACCCAACUAUUAAUAAUAAUUUACAAUCUUCGAUCCUCCAAAACUCUAACACCAGAUAUGGUUUUCUCUGAAGCUGAAAAUAAUUCACUAUUGGGCUCUGAAGGAGAUUCUCAAAGGACUCAGUAUCCCUAUGUUACGGGUACAUCUGUGAUUGGGAUCAAAUACAAAGAUGGCAUUCUCAUGGCUGCCGACAUGGGAGGGUCCUAUGGAUCCACUAUACGCUAUAAGAGUGUGGAGCGUUUGAAGCAAGUGGGAAAGCACUCUCUGCUUGGUGCAAGCGGUGAAAUCAGUGAUUUCCAAGAGAUUCUACGUUACCUUGAUGAACUUAUUCUGACUGACAAUAUGUGGGAUGAUGGGAACUCACUUGGUCCUAAAGAGCUGCACAAUUACCUAACCCGGAUCAUGUACAAUCGUCGCAACAAGUUUGACCCUUUAUGGAAUUCAUUAGUUCUUGGCGGAGUAAAAAAUGGGAAGAAGUAUCUAGGAUCUGUUAGCAUGAUUGGCGUACACUACGAGGACGAUCAUGUUGCUACUGGGUUUGGUAACCACCUUGCCCGCCCAAUUCUUCGUGAAGAAUGGAGGGAGGAUUUAACUUUUGAGGAGGGUGUCAAAUUAUUGGAGAAAUGCAUGCGCAACCUUUUGUAUCGUGAUAGGUCUGCUGUCAACAAGCUUCAGAUAGCAAAUAUCACAGAGGAAGGGUUGACUAUUUCCCAGCCUUACUCUUUGAAGACUUUCUGGAAUUAUGCUGCUUUUCAGAACCCAACAGUUGGUGCCGAGGGUUCAUGGUAGGAAGCGCUUCCUUCUGAGAUUCUGAAGCAUUUUACAAUGAUGUAUUUCGACUAAAUUCAGAUUUUAUGAUGACUGCAGUUUUUCAGUUCAUGUGUUGAAUUCUAGUGUUCCAAUAUAGAUUUGGUUAUGUCCAA